AAAAAGCCGCUGCGCACCAGGCAUCAGUGCGCAUUUACUCCAGUCUGCGAGCACCUCCACAUCUACAAGACACUCCUCAUAUCCACUUGGAGGCAAGUUAUACAGUCUUUGACAUGGCUCUUCAAAGUAAUAUUCUGCACCUGGCCCGCAAGAGCCUGCUCCAAGAGACAUGCAAGCAGUUUCUCCUCCAAACCCACGGAGUGCACAAAUCCGUGGCGAGCGGCUCUCUGGAGAUCGCGGCGCACGCUCAAGCGGAUCUGAAGGAGGAGAACAUGGUGAACCCCGUCGCUGAGGAGCAGAAGGUGGCAAAAGUGAAGACCCUCCAUGAGAUGCCCGGACCCAGCACUAUCGCGAACCUCGUUGAGUUCUUCUACCGGGAUGGAUUCAGCCGCAUCCAUGAGAUCCAGUUGGAGCAUUCUCAGAAGUAUGGGAAGAUCUUCAAAUCUCGUUUCGGACCUCAGUUCGUGGUGUCCAUCGCUGACAGAGACAUGGUGGCGCAGGUUCUCAGGGCUGAAGGUGUGACUCCUCAGAGAGGCAACAUGGAGUCCUGGAAGGAGUACAGAGAUUUGAGGGGAAGAUCCACAGGACUCAUCUCAGCUGAGGGUGAUGAAUGGCUGAAAAUGCGCAGUGUUUUGCGCCAGCUGAUUAUGCGGCCCAAAGACGUGACUGUUUUCUCCCCUGACGUCAACGCUGUGGUGGCCGACCUGGUGGAGAGAGUGAAAACACUGCGUAGCCAGCAGCACGACAGACAGACUGUCCUUAACAUCAAUGACCUGUUCUUCAAAUAUGCCAUGGAAGGUGUUGCAACCAUUUUGUAUGAAACCCGCCUGGGCUGCUUGGAAAACGAAAUUCCCAAGAUGAGUCAGGAAUACAUUGCUGCAUUGCACCUCAUGUUCAGCUCUUUCAAGACCACUAUGUACGCCGGUGCCAUUCCCAAAUGGCUUCGCCCUAUCAUUCCCAAACCCUGGGAGGAAUUCUGCAGCUCAUGGGACGGCCUUUUCAGAUUCAGUCAGAUCCACGUGGACAAGAGGCUUUCAGAGAUCAAAAAGAAAAUGGAAAAGGGCGAAGAGAUUAAAGGAGGGUUGCUGACUCACAUGCUGGUCACAAGAGAGAUGAAUCUGGAGGAGAUCUACGCAAACAUGACAGAAAUGCUUCUGGCUGGUGUGGACACGACCUCUUUCACACUGUCAUGGAGCACAUACCUUCUGGCGAGACAUCCCAUAAUACAGCAGGAGAUUUUUGAGGAAGUAGACCGAGUGCUGGGUGGGCGUGUCCCAACCGGAGAGGAUGUUGCUUAUUUGCCUCUUGUUAGAGGGCUUGUCAAAGAGACGCUCAGGCUUUUCCCUGUUCUGCCUGGAAAUGGACGCGUUACACAGGAUGAUCUGAUCGUUGGAGGAUAUUUAAUUCCUAAAGGGACUCAGCUGGCUCUGUGUCAUUAUUCCACCUCAAUGGAUGAAGAGAACUUCCUCCGUCCUGGAGAGUUCCGUCCAGAUCGCUGGAUUCGUAAGGACGCUUCUGACCGUGUCGAUAACUUCGGCUCCAUCCCGUUUGGCUACGGCAUCCGCAGCUGCAUCGGGAGGAGAAUAGCCGAGCUGGAGAUGCAUCUGGCUCUCACACAGCUCCUGCAGAAGUUCCACAUUGAGGUGUCUCCCCAGACCACUGAUGUGCGUGCGAAGACUCAUGGCCUUCUCUGUCCGGGAGCACCCAUCAACCUUAGAUUUGUGGACCGAAACUAAUGUGCCUUUACACUCUGUGUGAAUUGAAACCAUAACCAUACUGUACUUCUUGAAGUCCAAAGACUGUUAGUGUCAUUGUGUAAUAUAGUGCCUCUUUUAGGUUUUAUCCAGCAAAGAAUGUUGCUUUUAUUUAUGUGUGGAGACUAUUUGAAUAGUUUUCUUGUGUGAAUGUUUAUAGCCAAUCAGAAGACCAAAUGUGAAAAUGUUUAGAACAGGCACUAAUUUAUAUUGUUGAAUCAAUGCGAAUUACUUGGAGAAUUGUAUUGUAUUUUUCAUUUACAGAAUUAAUUUACAUCAUACUCUCAGUGUAAUUUUCUCUUAAAGCUUUUUUGUUUUGCUCAGCCUUAAAUGUUAGCACGAAAUGUGGUCAAGGAGACCUUGUACAUAGAUGUUUUAUUAUUAAAUUAGCUUUAGUGCUAAGCUCAUUAUUUAUUUAACCUGGUACGCUUAUGUAAGCUUAAUGACUUUUAGCUUACAAGCAGAAAAUUCCUAAAGCAAACACGAGUGAGAAAAUCCUAUUACAGCUACAAAGCUACUAUAGAAGAUCAUGCUAAAAUCCUGUCCUGUGGACACUAAUAUUAAGACAAAUACUGUGUCAGGAAAACACCUCAGAUCAUAGCUGUGUUGAUUUCAGUGUGGCUAUAAUGAUCUAAUUUGUUAUUCAAGAGUGAUGAUUUUGUGUUGGUUUCACUAAAACUCUUCAGUGGAAAACAUUUUAAUGCAAAAUGCAAAAUUGUGCCUCUUUUUUUUAGUGCACUAGCCUUAUAGGCAAAAGAUGGAUAAUGGGAAAUGGUGAGAAUUAACUACUUUUGGACAACAUGAAUGUUGUUUUUGAGGGUUGUGAACUUAGUAAUACAUUGUGUGAAAUUUGGAAGUGUUUGAAAUGUGGAAAUGUAAGUUACUGAAUUUUGUAUGAAUAAACUACACUUUGGAGA